UUGCGGCUCUCGCUUUUGAGAAAUCAAGUGAGGGUUUUUUUAUUUUGUUUUGUUUUGUUUCAUGAUAAGAGGGGCGCCCUGUAUGGAAGACACUCCUAAGUUUUGUAUUUUGUUGAGACUUUAAACAAAAUUGACCUGCAAGAAAGAAAAACAAACUGACAGGCAAUUCACUGCUGGAACUUCCAAAUCUAGUUUUUUGCGGGUCAUUUUGUUGUUGUUCUGCGCAUAAAUAUUUUAGGUCGUGUACGGGAAUUUUGCCUCCGGGACCAUUUGUAAUAGCCAAAGACUGAACUUCAACUCUCAACGCGAGGCUCCUUUGGGCAUAUUUGACUUUGGAUUCUGGUUGCUCACUUUCUGAUGCACUAAGCGGCGAGUUGCUAGCCCUGCUCGGGUGUGAGGCCACCCGCCUAACGAGGGCUCAGUCGGGACUGUUGGUAACUUAGGCUCCCUCCUCCUCCCACCGCCCUCCGGUAGCAAUAAAGGCUCCUGAACUUGUAUGUUGGUCUCCCGCGAGCUGCUGGCCGAAGAUCCGAGCCCGCGUCGCCGUGUAGUGGGAGCUGUUUUCAGGGUCCUUACUCAGUCGGCUUGUUGUGAUGCGUAUCCCCGUAGAUGCCAGCACAAGCCGCCGCUUCACGCCGCCUUCCACCGCGCUGAGCCCCGGCAAGAUGAGCGAGGCACUGCCGCUGGGCGCCCCGGACGCCGGCGCCGCCCUGGCCAGCAAGCUGAGGAGCGGCGACCGCAGCAUGGUGGAGGUACUCGCCGACCACCCCGGCGAGCUGGUGCGCACCGACAGCCCCAACUUCCUCUGCUCCGUGCUGCCUACCCACUGGCGCUGCAACAAGACCCUGCCCAUCGCCUUCAAGGUGGUAGCGCUGGGGGAUGUUCCGGACGGCACUCUGGUCACCGUCAUGGCAGGCAAUGACGAGAACUACUCAGCAGAGCUGAGGAAUGCCACCGCAGCCAUGAAGAACCAAGUGGCAAGAUUCAACGACCUCAGGUUUGUCGGUCGGAGUGGUAGAGGCAAAAGCUUCACUCUGACCAUCACCGUCUUUACAAACCCCCCACAAGUGGCCACCUACCACAGAGCCAUCAAAAUCACAGUGGACGGCCCCCGGGAACCCCGAAGACAUCGGCAGAAACUAGAUGAUCAGACCAAGCCCGGGAGUUUGUCCUUUUCCGAGCGGCUCAGUGAACUGGAGCAGCUGCGGCGCACGGCCAUGAGGGUCAGCCCGCACCACCCAGCCCCCACGCCCAACCCUCGGGCCUCCUUGAACCACUCCACUGCCUUUAACCCUCAGCCUCAGAGUCAGAUGCAGGAUGCGAGGCAGAUCCAGCCGUCCCCACCGUGGUCCUAUGAGCAGUCUUACCAGUACCUGGGAUCUAUCACCCCCUCUUCCGUGCACCCCGCAACACCCAUUUCACCCGGACGUGCCAGCGGCAUGACAAGCCUCUCUGCAGAACUUUCCAGUCGACUUUCAACGGCCCCGGACCUGACAGCCUUCGGCGACCCGCGCCAGUUCCCCGCGCUGCCGUCCAUCUCCGACCCGCGCAUGCACUACCCCGGCGCCUUCACCUACUCGCCGCCCGUCACGUCGGGCAUCGGCAUCGGCAUGUCGGCCAUGAGCUCGGCCUCCCGCUACCACACCUACCUGCCGCCGCCCUACCCCGGCUCCUCGCAGGCGCAGGCCGGGCCCUUCCAGACCGGCUCGCCCUCCUACCACCUGUACUACGGCGCGUCGGCCGGCUCCUACCAGUUCUCCAUGGUGGGCGGCGAGCGCUCGCCCCCGCGCAUCCUGCCACCCUGCACCAACGCGUCCACGGGCGCCGCGCUGCUCAACCCCAGCCUCCCCAGCCAGAGCGACGUGGCGGACACCGAGGGCAGCCACAGCAACUCGCCCACCAACAUGCCGCCCGCGCGCCUGGAGGAGGCCGUGUGGCGGCCCUACUGAGCGCCGCCGUCGAGGGACUGAGCCGGCCCCCCGCCGCCGUCCAAGCACAGACCCGCCAGGAGGGCCCUCGGAGGCCAGCAGGAAGAUGCCGGAGGGAAACUGUGAAUGCUUCUGAUUUAGCAAUGCUGUGAAUAAAAGAAAGAUUUUAUACCCUUGACUUCACUUUUUAACCACGUUGUUUAUUCCAAAGAGUGUGGAAUUUUUUUUUCUUUUUUUCUUUCUUUUUGGCUCAGGGGCGGGGAAGACGCAGCUCAUCCUGUUCGGCAUCUAUUUCUCAUUUAGGAGUU